AUGCUUUGUCUUAAAAUUUAUGAACUUACAAUAAAUUUAGACGAAUUUGCAGGCGAAAAUCCGCAUUUGCCAAAAAAACUGUUUCAUGAUUACAAAUUUGACAGCGUAAAUUUCAUCGCAUUCAGUGCGAUUUCUCAAAAAAUUCCUGUAAUACAUGCCGCAAUAUUUGAUUGGGAAUUUGGUACCGUAGGAAAUAAAAGUAGAAGAAUAUUAGCAGAUUUUGGGCAAAAUAAUAAGACACAAUCUUCUAAGUUUUCCUACUGUUCAAUUCAACAUAUGCAAAAAUUUAGAAUCUUUGAUCCUGCAAUAGAUUUGACAAGAGCCAAAGUACCGUUAACUCCUGAAUCAAAAAGAUUAAAACCGUCAACAAAAAGACCACUAAGUAAAAUGGCAAACGCAGAAGCCAAUGAAAAAUGGAAGGGUACAGAGUCAAUGCAUCUUAACCAAUCAGAAGCCAAAGUAAAAGGACCAAUCAAGAGUGAAGUUUGUGGCACACAAUUAUCGCGCAACGCAGCUGAGUCCAUUCAGUCUUCCGAAAAGGGAUUUUUUACACCACCUUUUACUCUUUCUCCAUCCUUGAUUCCCUUUCGAUUUUCCUUUCGUCAAAAAGAACACAAUUUGAGAGACCAUCUGAGUUCUUCUCUUAAUGAAAUGUGCCUCUUCGGAAACCUAAUUCGUUGCCAGAACAAGAAGUCCCAUGCAAAGAAAGUAAAGCAACGACGAUAUUCAGAUUCAGCUGUGAGUGAAGAGCAAAAACAUGAAAACAUUGACUAUAUCUGUUUCCCUAGUCGAUACAAAACGAAAAAGAAAAAGCUGCUAAUGACUGAACCAAUAUUAAACCAUAGAACAGAACAAAUAAUUGUGAAAACACCCGAGGUGAUUCGCGUCAGCAUUUUAGAAAUAAGUAAUCCCCUCCAACCAAGGAAAACAUUGCAGGCUCACUGUCUCCAAGUCAAGGAUGGUGACGACUCUUUGGAUAAAAGAAUUUCCCCUAACAGCACCCUAUCUUCUUCGCCAUCUAAAAGAAAGACGAAUACUUUAGGCAAAUGUCGAAAGUCAAAGUUACGAUGCGAUUCGGGCAUCGCAAGCAACUUUAGUUUCAUCUCUACAGAGAUCAGCUCUUCCUCCCCUAGCCUCUGUAAUCACCAACAUUCAAUUUCUCUUGCAAAAUCACCAUCCACUUUCUUCUCUUCCUCUUCUCCAUCCUGUUUGGACAGUCUCAAAAUCGGUCAAAAUCGAUCUUGCAUGCAAGAAUGCAGUCCAGAAGCUUCCUCAUUACAUUCCACGCAUUCACGAUCGAGUACUGGAGAACAGCAUAUAGCUUUGGUAGAGGAUUCCAUAAAAUUCGUAGACGAUGAGGUUUCUGAUAAUGAAAUCAUCCACUCAGAGAGAAGAAGGAUAGAUAAAAGGGAAAGGUUCGUUAAGCCAGGAAUGCCUCCAUUAAAAAACCCGAAUCCCCAUGAGACUGUAACCAAGCUGAGUCAAAGCUACAGACCACGAAUCAUGAAUCCCGACUCGAAGGCGUCUUCAGAUUCAAUCAAAGAUCCAACUUUGACUGGGGGCUAUGACGUUGAAUGCCCAGAGGAUUACCAUUUGCACAGUGAUAUCAGUUUCUCUCGAAGUUGCAAAGAACAGGUAAUUCAAGGAAGUGAAAAGUCUCAAGAUAUUCUAAACAAGGAAACCACACAUUUUGACAAACGGAACUCACAGAAAAACUAUCAGAAGUCAUUGAUGGAAAGUACGGAUUUAUGUAAAGUACGAAAAUCCGAGCAAAAAAUUUCCCGUGAUACCAUACUUUCACGUACUAACCAAUUCGACGAACAAAUUCCACAGGAACAAUUUCCCGAAAAACUGACAGAAAGCAUGGAUCCAAUGGUUAAUGUAAACACAUUUGAGUCUGAAAAUUUCCGACUUAUCGAAAAAAAUUUACGGGAAGAAUUUUCACAAAAUCAAGGAGUUUUUGUUAAUCAAUUCGACUCCAUUCAGAGAGUGCCGAAUAAUUCUGAAACUGAAGUAGCACAGGGGAAUAUGGAGGCCUUAAUACACAAAGCAUUAAUCUCACCCAUCAAAGCAGAUGCUUUUGAAAGUUUGCCUGUCUCUUCGGGUCUGCAAAUUCUCGCAAACGAAACCAAUACCAUCAGUAAACAAAUGGACUUCGUAGACAAAUAUUUGCAUCAACCGGAAAUCAUAAAUAAUCAGCUGCAGAAACAAUCUGAAACCGUGACGGGGUCAACACAACCAUCAAUUAUAUUACUAGAUGAUCUGAACUCAGCCGUUAGAACAGAAGGCGAUACAGACCAUCCACCCGGAUUAGACAAGGAAAGUUCUUUGCAGAGAAACAAUGUGGACAAUGAUUCAAACAACCAGGCAUCCACAACCGAUGAAAAGAAUUCAAAAAUCCAAUUGUCUGUCGAUUCUGGCCUAGGGGAUUCUAGCAAAAUAGUCGAAGCAUCAGUGUGUCCGCAAAAUGACUUGGUCUUGACUGUUAGAGCAGAAAGCGUAGAAAGCAGUAUCCUAUCGGAAGAAAGUAUAGCAUUACCUAUGAACAGAUCUUUGGAUAAUGUCGCAAAUCUGCUAAUUUUGCAUCAUAAAGCUAAUCCACGGUGUCAGGAAGGUCUUUUGCAUGAUCGGUGCAUACAAACACAUCAAAAUGAGUCAACCACAAUGAAAAAAACUUAUUUUUUGGAAUACCAACCAACCAUAAGCCCAAAUGAGGACAGGGCAGUCCUGUGUCAACAACUGCUUCCCGUAAAUGAAUCGGUGGGCCACGUCAUGCCAGAGCAUUUCGAAAAGGAUGUCGACCAGUCAGAUGCAAAACAAGGUAUUUUAAUCCAGCAAAAACUGAUAAACUUUGAAUCUUCUGCACCGGAAGAGCUAAUUUUAUCUGAAGAACUAGAUUCUUCCAAAAACGAUCGGUUAGAAUCAGAUGGCAAAAGAACCGAUGUUUGUAGGCAAAGACAUAUUUCAGAAGAGGAAUCGUGUACAAAACUAGAACGCCGCUCAAUACUUUUAGAUCAAAAUUGUUCCGUCGAUGUGUUUAACCGAGAAACCUGCGAGAUAAUUCGUGGAAUGCUGAAGGAUCCCAUACCUGAAACCCUUUGGCUUGCUCGAUGCGCUAUUGAAACCUACGAUCAGUAUCCCAGCCUUGCAGAUCCGGUUUUGCAGUCAAGUGUCAUUUGGUCGUUUGUGCAUGUCUGGGGAAUUAAACGUAGUCAGAAAACAAAAAGAAAUUGCUUUAACAAUAUUAAUCAUUUAUCCAUCCUAUUUGACUAUUUGUGCCUGCUAUGGCAAAUUUCACACUCUGAUAUUUGUACACGUAUAUUUUGGCUUUCCCUUUUUCAAUUAUUUUAUAGCCGAAAACGUUAUUCAAUCCCACACUCACAGAUAAAUUCCAAAACUAGAAUUUGGUUUAGUAGUAAAGAUUUGCUCAAAAUCUUUCCAACGACUGCCUCAGCUCUGGAAUUGAAGUCGCCCGCUGCUGUAGUAAAACAGUCAACAUAUUUUCAAAGAAUGUUUCCAUAUAUUAUCGUUGCCAUCCUCAAUCUGAGCUUCGUAGGCUACUAUUUAAGCCGAACACAAAAUAUGGUUGAUAUAGCAACGGCAGCAGAAAUAUCACUAUGCCCUUUUGUCUUGUUAAAUCGUAAGGCAUGCGAUAAAUUUUUACAUUUGCCCUUCAAUAAAAUUCCCAGGGUUUGGUGGAUACUACAGAAGAAAAUGUACAAUUUUUCAAAAUUAAUAGUUAUGAUUCAAAGCAGUGCAAUUGUGACCACUGUUACGGAUUUGGAAUAUGAGGACUCGAUGCGUAAUCGACGAAGUAAUUCACUCUUAAGUAAAUCUACGUCACUAACAAAUCAGUUCACAAAUGAAUUAAACCAACUUUUUUCCCGUGAGUGUCAGGCAUUUGCUGCAAAAAAACCUCGAAUGAUUUUUGGUGGUUGUUGGGUGACGUCAUGGUCUUCAUGGUGCUAUAUUUUUGUCUUCAGUUGGGAGUGUAUAUGCUACCUUGAAGGCCAAAAGAAUUUAAGUAAAGACGCUGGAUUUGAUAAGACAUCAAAUGGUUAUGGAUUUUGCUUUUGUGAUCGUAAAUGUAGCCUAACUAUGAAUCUGAAAAUGCUUCAGCUUCUUCACUUAAUUAGGCGAAAAGAUAUUUUAGUGUUUAGAACACCUCCAAAAAUAGAACUCUUCAGAAGAUAA